AUGAAGGGCCUCAACCUGCUCUGCUGCUGCGUGGCCUCGCUCCUGCUCCUCGGUACUGCAGAGCUGCACGCCCCCGGCACGGACCACAUCGGUGGUGCUGCCGACAGCCCCCUGCCAGCUGCAGUGCCCAGGCUGGAGGAGAAGGCAUCUGAGAGCAGCCCUGAGAAGGAGCAAGAUGGCAGCCCUGCCAACACCUCCCUGCCCAGCACCACUGAGGAGGGACAUGGAGAGAGGGAGAAAGAGCUGGCAGGCAGCCUGAGCGGGCACCUGGGGCCAGAGAAUGGACAGACAGAGGAAACCACCAAGGAGAAGGGCCAGGAGAGGCAUGAUGAGACAGAGGGCCCAGGGGGUGACACCAGUUUGGGCACUCCUGAGGCAGUGCACCAUGAAGGGAACCAUGGGCUUGGUCCACAAGAUGGCUUCCAUGCCCAGGAGGAUGAAGAACCUGGUACCAAGAAAGAAGCUUCUGGGGAGGAGAAAGUGGAGGAGCCAAGAGCAGUGUCUGCUCCUGAGAGGGGAAAGGAAGGAGGAGAACAGAGCUCAGAGGAAGAUGAUGAGCAGGGAGAGUCUGAGGAAGAUAAACAUGGUGAGUCUGAGGAAGAUGGAGGAAAGGGAGAGUCCAAGGAGGAGGGAGAGUCUGAGGAAGAGGGAGAGUCCGAGGAUGAAAACUCUAAGGAAGAUGAAGAGCCUCAGGAAGAUGGUGCAGGGCCAGUGGGGCCAGAGAAUGGAGCUGCAGGGAGUGAAAAGGAAGUGUCCAAUGCAUCCAGAAAAAAGGACCAUCAGCAAGGUAAAUCAGCACCUACCAGUAAGAAGGAAGAUGCCAAGGAUGGUACUGCCAUCUGCCUCCACCCACCCUGUAAGGACACAGCAGAAGACCCACCAGCAGCAGCAGAAGACCCACCAGCAGCGGCAGAAGACCCACCAGCAGCGGCAGAAGACCCACCAGCAGCGGCAGAAGACCCACCAGCAGCAGCAGAAGACCCACCAGCAGUGGCAGAAGACCCACCAGCAGCGGCAGAUCCCGCUGCAGACAAGCUGCCACUGGCAGAAACAGAGAGCCCAACCAGCCCCAGCUCCCACCCAGCUGCUGCUGAGCUCCAGCACAACCAGAUAGAAGAGGUCGAAGAUGCCAGCGAGCCGAUCAAGCGUGACCGGUCCCACCUGGAGAACACUCUCAAGCUGAAUGAGGACAAACCUGCCGAUGAAGUCUCAGGAGUCCUGCAGCGUCUGAGGAAGAUCUACCACUCCUCCAUCAAGCCCCUGGAGCACUCCUACAGAUACAACGAGCUGAGGCAGCAUGAGAUAACAGCUUACCCCGGACGCACCCUGGGCUCCUCGGCCACAGAUGGGGAGAUCACUUCCAAGCCCAUGGUACUAUUCCUGGGACCGUGGAGCGUCGGCAAAUCCUCCAUGAUAAACUACCUCCUGGGGCUGGACGACACUCCCUACCAGCUCUACACAGGGGCAGAACCCACCACCUCUGAAUUCACUGUCAUCAUGCAUGGCCCCAAGCUGAAGACCAUCGAGGGCAUUGUGAUGGCUGCUGACAGUGCCCGCUCCUUCUCACCCUUGGAGAAAUUUGGGCAGAACUUCUUGGAGAAGCUGAUAGGGAUCGAGGUGCCCCACAAGCUGCUGGAGCGAGUCACCUUUGUGGACACUCCGGGCAUCAUCGAAAACCGCAAACAGCAAGAACGAGGUUACCCAUUCAAUGACGUGUGUCAGUGGUUCAUUGACAGAGCCGAUCUCAUCUUUGUUGUCUUUGACCCUACGAAGCUGGAUGUGGGCUUGGAGCUGGAGAUGCUGUUCCGCCAGCUGAAGGGCCGCGAGUCUCAGAUCCGGAUCAUCUUGAACAAAGCCGACAGCCUGGCUACCCAGGAGCUCAUGAGAGUCUACGGAGCUUUGUUCUGGAGCCUGGCUCCUCUCAUCAACGUCACCGAGCCUCCCAGAGUGUACGUCAGCUCCUUCUGGCCCCACGAGUACCACCCUGAUACCCACAAAGAGCUGUUCCUCAAAGAAGAGAUCUCGCUCUUGGAGGACCUCAACCAGGUGAUUGAGAACAGGAUGGAAAACAAGAUUGCCUUCAUCCGCCAGCAUGCCAUCCGGGUGCGCAUCCACGCCCUGCUGGUCGAUCGCUACCUGCAGACCUACAAGGACAAAAUGACCUUCUUUAGCGAUGGAGAACUGGUGUUCAGGGACAUUGUGGAGGAUCCUGACAGGUUCUUUAUCUUUAAGUCCAUUCUGGCAAAGACCAACGUCAGUAAAUUUGACCUCCCCAACCGCGAGGCCUACAAGGACUUCUUUGGCAUCAACCCCAUCACCAGCUUUAAGCUGCUGUCCCAGCAGUGCUCCUACAUGGGUGGGUGUUUCCUAGAGAAGAUCGAGAAGGCCAUCACCAGGGAGCUUCCUGAUCUCCUGGGGAGCAUUGGCCUGGGGAAGAAGCCCAAUGUCCUCUCCUGUGACGUCACUGGCUGUGGUGAAACCCCAAAGAAUCGCUACAGGAAGCCCUAAGGUGUCGUGCCAUGUAACCCUCCACGUGUUCCUACAGUCAAUGAGCUUAUGUCUUAUCUGUCCAAGAAGCCGUGGUUUGUCACCCCUUUGAGAGCCACACUGGCAGAGGCUACUGUACCAUGAGGACUUUGAGUCACUGACAUUGAUGGCAGGGGAAGAUGGGUGGGCAUAAG